GGAGAGAAACCACAGAGCAGAGGAAGAGGGCGGGCUUCAAUGACUGUGUUGAACAGCGGCCAGCAGGCUGACUGUGAGAGCGGACACCAUGGAGGACAGACGUCUGCUGGCUCUGACCUCUCUGAUCAUCUACACAGCAACGCUUCCAGCUCUGGUCCCUGUUUCAGCGUUCUCAGCAGGACUGACUGUGAGUCCCAGCAGAUCUCAGUUCCUUCAAAGAGAUUCAGUGUCUCUGAGCUGUGAGGAGGACGGCUGGACAGUGUGGAGGAAGACCAGCAGCAGACAGAGGAGUUCAUGUGGAGACGGGUGGGGAAAACCUGCUGGUUCCUCCUGUAACUUCUCAGGAAUUUACCCCAGAGACAGUGGAGUUUACUGGUGUGAGUCCAGAGAGGGAGCAGCUGGAAGCAGCAUCAACAUCACUGUAGCUGAUACAGUGGUCCUCCAGAGUCCAGUCCUCCCUGUGAUGGAGGGACAGGACGUCACUCUGGGUUGUAGAACCAGCGCUCCCUCCACCCUCUCAGCUGAGUUCUUUAAAGAUGGCGUCUCCAUCGGGACCGAGUCCACAGGUCACAUGACCCUCCGCCAUGUUUCCCGCUCUGCUGAAGGCCUCUACAGGUGUAGCUUCAGAGGUGUUGGAGAGUCUCCACCCAGCUGGAUCUCUGUCUCAGGGAACCACAAGACAGAACCUCCUCCUGGUUCCUCCUCUGAUCCUCCUCCUGGUUCCUCCUCUGAUCCUCCUCCUGGUUCCUCCUCUGAUCCUCCUCCUGGUUCCUCCUCUGAUCCUCCUCCUGGUUCCUCCUCCCGUCUCCUCCCUGUGGGGAUCUCCCUCUCCUCUCUCGUUGUGGUUCUCCUGCUGGUUCUCCUGCUGGUCCGGUUCUGCAGCAGGAACCCUGAAGGCUCGGCAGCAGAACCUGAAGUCACCGACAGCGACGUCAACAUCCUGCAGCGUCAGCAGCAGCCGGUCAGACGGAGCAGAGAUGUGGAUCCAGUGUUUUCAGAAGUCACUUUCAGACGUUUCUCAAGAAAAUCGUCAAAGAGAAACGAAGCUGAGCGGAGAAGUCAGAGAUUCCUCCAGAGCCUGACGUGGUCUACUCCUCCCUGAGGUGACCCCCCAGUCCAGACCCAUCCGGAUCCAGACCUCCACACUGCUGAGUUCUACUGAGUUCUACUGAGUUCUACUGAGUUCAGACUGGAUUCUCUUGAGUUUUAAUUGAGUUUGAACUGGUUUUUAUUAAGUUUUAUUUCACUUUGAUCAUGUUUUUUUGUUCAUUUUAUUCAGUUUUAACAGGUUUUCAUUGAGUUUUAUUCAGUUUUCUUCUCUGUCGUCUCUCUGGUGGUUAAACAGUCACUCCUCAUAUUAAAUAACCAAAAAUGGCUUUUUUAUUCAGUAUAAUUUGCUUUCUUCUGUUUUCUGGAAGUUUUUCACUCUUGCUGCUCAAACUGCUGUGCUUUUUAUUUCUAAUGUUUUCUGACUUUAUUUUCAACCAGUUUCUGUGUUCCACUGGUUUUAGGCUGAUUACCUGUUUCUUCACUGGUUUUGUAGGAAAUCCAGAUAAAAGCUGAGAAACAUGUUCAGAGAUCAGGAGGAUUUGAACUGAAGCUUCUGUUGCUGAAGAAUAAACGUUGGUCUCAGA